AUGCUCAGCAACAUUGGGAUCAAGGGAGGUGACAGGAAGAGGGCUGUAGGCAGACUUGGACAAGCUGCAGAAAAAGCAUCCAACUGGCUUCUUCGUGAGAAGACACCCACUAUCAAGCUACAGACUCCGAUACAGAAGAAUACCCCCAGAGUCUCCCGAGAGGGGGGGGAGGAUGAGAGACUCGAUCAGACGGAUUCAACGACAACGACACGGCUAGUCCAAUCGACAUUGACCGGAACAAAGGCAGAGGUGAAGUGUAGAUGUGGAAAGGUGUGCAAGAACCUUAGAGGCUUGCGUAUUCAUCAAGGGAGAACGGCAUGCGGGAGCACGGCAAGGCAGCGGCAACGCUCAGAUUUUACAUCUGGUGAGACGUUGGAGGAUCCUAGUCAGGACUCAACCCACAGUACUGGGGACCUCUACGCAGCUGAGAAGCCACGCACCAAUUCAGCAGAUCCUGACAUUGUCUCGCAAGUCAGCGACAUCUUCGAAGAAGAUGACCCUCUUCUAGAGCUUUUAGGUACUCCAGAAGACCUGAGGCCAAACACAGACACACAGCACAACACCCGAAAUACAGCUUCCAAUACUAAUGCCACAGCCCAGAAGGUUAGAAUUACAUGGCCCAAGACAAGUGACAGGAACCUGUGGAAACAGUUUGAUGAAGACCUCAACACCAUCCUGGAAACAACACUCCAAGGGCCAGUAGAGAAGAAACUGAAGUCUCUGACCAACCUUGUCCACUCUAUCGGCAAAGAACGAUUUGGUGAGGUGAAACGGAAACCCACCAGAACCCCUGCACAGCCAAAUAGAAGACAACGACAGAUCACAGAGAUUAGGAAAGAGCUGAAGUCACUGAGGAAAUCCUACCAAAAAGCAAAUAUAGAGGAAAGACCCGGACUUCAGCAGCUUAGAGAUGAACUCAGACAGAAACUGACCGAUCUUCGUAAGGCAGAACAACUCCGAGACAAGCGGAAGAAGCGAGCCAAGAGGCGAGCUGAGUUCAUAGCCAAUCCAUACAAGUUUUCCAAAGGACUCCUAGACAAAGAAAAAUCUGGGAAGCUUGAAAGCAGUAUGGAAGAGAUACAACAGCAUCUAAAGGACACACACUCCGAUCCAGCAAGAGAUAAUCCAUUAGGAAGCUGUCCAAGAAUUGAACCAGUCCCAGAACCCACAAUUCCACUAAACAUAAAAGAACCCACAAUGAAGGAAGUAUCUGAUGUAGUGAAGAAAGCAAGAAGCGGCUCCGCACCAGGACCAAACGGUAUACCCUAUAAAGUAUACAAGAUGUGCCCGAUGCUACUACGAAGAUUAUGGACCCUACUUAAGGUGAUAUGGAGGAAAGAAAAAGUCCCAGAUUGUUGGCAACAGGCAGAGGGAAUAUUUACUCCAAAGGAAAAGGGCUCCAAACAUGUGACCGAAUUCCGAACCAUUUCACUGUUGAAUGUGGAGGGGAAAAUAUUCUUCGCUGUCCUGGCAAGACGAAUGACCACGUUCCUGACAACCAAUCAGUACAUUGACACAUCAGUACAGAAAGGGGGGGUUCCGGGCUUCUCUGGCUGCAUUGAACACUCCAGUGCCAUCAGUCAGAUCAUCCGUGAAGCAAAGGUGAACGCCAAUGACCUCACAGUUGUCUGGUUAGACCUCGCCAACGCCUAUGGCUCCAUACCACACAAGCUGAUUGAAGAAGCAAUGAAGCACUAUCAUAUCCCAGAGCAUAUACAGGGUAUCAUAAAUGGCUACUUUGAUGGCAUACAGCUUCGAUUCUCAAUCGGUGACCAGACAACGCCAUGGCAGAGGUUAGAGAAGGGGAUAGUAACUGGCUGCACCAUCUCAGUGGUACUAUUCGUGAUGGGCAUGAACUUGAUCAUCAAUGCCGCGAAGAGGGAAACCAGAGGACCAAAACAGCGUCAGGUAUACACCUCCCAUCCAGCAGGGGGUUCAUGGAUGACCUGA